AUGUAUCAUGAAUGCAUUAUCAAACUUCAGGCACGGGCUGUCGAUAGGUGGAUCUCAGGAGGGGCUCCGCGCAACAAGUUGAUCCUUGGUUUGACCGGAACCGCCACGUCAUUUACUCUGGCAAACAGAACCGCGACUGAUGUAGGAUCCCCAGUGAAGGGUACUGGGAAAGCAGGACCGUACCUGGGUCGAGAAGGACAUGUAUGUGAGAUGAUAAGGAAUGGUGCGAUACAGUGUUGGGACGAUGAACAGAAGAUGGCAUAUGCUUACAUGGGAGACCAGUGGGUGGGGUACGGCAACCAAAAAAGUAUGAAAGAAAAGGUGAAAUUUGCAUACAGUCGCAAUAUUGCUGGAGUUAUGUUUUGGUCUAUGGAUCAAGACGAUUUUAUGGGACACUACUGUAACGCUGGAGAAUUUCCACUUCUUACCGCUAUCUAUAACGCAAUAAAAGAACUGACACCGAAAGAUAAACACGUGGUUGGUGACGUCAUUACGAGCGCUACACAUGCCACAACACCGAACGAUUCUCUUUUUCAACACCAAACAAAUAAAAAUAGAAUCGUUUCAAAUUCAGCAUCUGAACUGAAGAAAUUCUGCUAUUUCACCAACUGGUCGAAAAAACUAGCGUCAUUUGAUGCCAGAUUUGAAAUCAGGGACAUUAAUGUAACUCUGUGUACACAUCUUAUUUACGCUUUUGCCAACAUCGAUGGAACAAAUAUGAAACUAAUGCCAUCUGAAAAUGACGAUGACAAUGGUCAACUCGUAAAUAAGAAAGGAAGAUAUUUCGAUUUUAACAAGCUGAAAAUAGAACAUCGGAACUUAGAGACACUGUUGUCCAUAGGCGGUGCUUGGGCCAGAAAUGACGGAUUUAUACAAGUUCAUUCGCCACAAACGAUGAAGUUGUUCUCCAAGAAUGUCGCGAUAUAUCUGAGGGAUCGCGAUUUCGACGGUAUCGAUGUUGGUUGGGAAUGGCCAGGUGAUAUAUAUCGAAACAAACAUUCAACAUUGCUCAAGAUAAUGAGGGAUGAGUCCGACAAAGAGUCUGUAAGAACUAAUAAACCACGUCUGUUGAUUUCCAUCGCUGUCGCCGUCGAGGAACAAACAAUCACUGACUCAUAUAACAUCUCAGAAAUUUCAAGGUAUCAAAGAAUCAAAAUAACCAACUCUUUCGGCAUUAUUUUAUCUGCAUGGGCUGUCGAUAGGUGGAUUUCAGGAGGGGCUCCGCGCAUCAAGUUGAUCCUUGGUUUAACCGGAGCCGCUACGUCAUUUACUCUGGCAAACAGAACCGCGACUGAUGUAGGAUCCCCUGUGAAAGGUGCUGGGAAGGCAGGACCGUUCAUGGGUCGUGAAGGACGCGUGACUUAUUAUCGGGUAUGUGAGAUGAUAAGGAACGGUGCGAUACAGCGAUGGGACGAUGAACAGAAGAUGGCAUAUGCUUACAUGGAAGACCAGUGGGUGGGGUAUGGCAACCCAAAAAGUAUGAAAGAAAAGGUAUUUCGUCAACAUUUCACCUAA